CCAAAUCCUAACGAAGAAGAAGAACAGACGUAAACAAAGAGCAUGUCGUACAUAUUCAUUCAAACGAGAGCAGGUCCACUGACGGUUCAACCACAGCGUCAGAAAUGCCGAUAUGGAGGUGGACUACAAGCAGAACUACACAAAUCUCAAACGCAAAUUGAAAUUCAUGGUUUAUGAGCAGGAGUGUUUUCAGGAAGAGCUCAGAAGAUCCCAGAAGAAGCUGCUCAGAGUGUCCAGAGAUAAAAGGUGGGUGGUUUCUGUUGGACCGAUUGUUACAAUACGAGCGGGUGGACGAGGACUCCUCAGAUUCUGAUGCCACAGCCUCUUCUGAGAACAGUGAAGGAGAGGGCACCAGGGAGAGAGACGGAGGAAAGAAGAGAAGAAGUAGCCCAGGUGUAGGCCUUCCUUCAUCCUCCCAUCUCUCUCUCUUCUCUCGUUCUGGAGUGAACCCUCUCAAGUCGUCCGUCAGUACCCCCUACCUCAACACAGUGGUGGCCCCUUUAGCAGCCAACUUCCCAGCGGGCCCGACUGCCCCUCCCACAUCCAGCGCCUCGUUCAACUGGGUGCCCAGGCAGAUGCUGAGUGGAGACGCGGCAGAGGGAGAGAGCGACGGAGACUCAGACAGAGGAGACGACAACAGGGGGGAAGGAGAAGAGGCUGACCUUGUCAUCGAUAUCCCCAACGAGUGAAAUGUGUGUGUGUAAAGGAUUGUUUGAAAGAGUGUGUAAGACCAUAAUGUGAGUCUGUGGAUUCAACCCCUCCCACUGUCAAAUGCUUCGCCAAGCUCCCCCCAGUGGACCUUCAGGUUACUGCAACAAUAUCUCUCUCUAAGCAAUGUGACCUGUCAUAAUAAUGUCACUAAUUGGCUCCUUUAAUGUCAUUUUACUGCCUUCUACUGUUAUACAAGUCAUGGAAGAACUGGUAUUGACGGCAUGGACAGCUACAGGACUGCAUACAUGUAGCACCUACCUUUUUAUGGGAAACUGUCAAAUAAUACAUUUUCUGUUGGAGAUAAUGGAGACGUUAUGUUUUCUACCAAUGACUUAAAAAAAUUAAAUUGCAUUAAAGUGGUAACAUUUCA